AUGGAGGGGUCCCGCGUGGAGGGGCCCCCCGUGGACGGGUCCCGCGUAGAGGGGUCCUGCGUGGAGGGGUCCCGUGUGGACUGGUCCCGCGUUGACGGGUCCUGCGUGGAGGGGGUUCCCCGUGGACGGCGUCCCGCGUGGACGGGUCCCCCGUGGAUGGGUCCCGCGUGGAGGGGCCGCGUGGAGGGGCCGCGUGGAGGGGCCCCGUGGACGGGUCCCGCGUGGACGGGUCCCCCGUGGACGGCGUCCCGCGUGGACGGGUCCCCCGUGGAUGGGUCCCGCGUGGAGGGGCCGCGUGGAGGGGCCGCGUGGAGGGGCACCGUGGACGGGUCCCGCGUGGACGGGUCCCCCGUGGACGGCGUCCCGCCGCGAAGCUUGCAGCCGCCCGCCAAGAGCUCUCAGCCCCGGGCCGGGCCGAGCCGGCCGCGGGGGCCAGGGUUGCCCGAGGGCGCGCGGCGCGCGGCGGCGGCCCGGGAGCCGCCCAGGCCCGGGUGGGCGCUGGCGCCGGAGGAGCUGAGCCUCCUGAGCCCCGCGCAGCGCCGCCGCCACCUGCUCUUCGCGGACCUGCUGGAUGACAUGGGCGCCUCCGCCUCCAUCUUCCCCCGCGACUCGCUGGACAUGCCCUACCCGGUGCCCGACCCGUACACCUGGAUGCCGGCGCCCCAGGGCCCGGCCCAGGGCCCGGCCCAGGGCCGCGGCCGGCUCCUGGGCGUCCUGCGGGCCGCUGAAGCCCGAGGCCGCGUCCGCGCCCUGCGGCUGCGCUACACCCGCAUGCGGGCGGAGGAGAUCGCGCUGCUGGUCCAUCGUCAGGACUCGGCGCGCACCGCCAUCCGGCUCGAGCUCUUCCUGCCGCCGCUGCUGAAACCCACGCGGAUCCCGGACCCCCUCAACCGACAGGAGCGGAGGCGCGUGGAGGCCAUCCUGGAGGAGACGCUGGACGACGACCUCUUCCUGCGGUGA